AUGCAAGUUACAUUUAGCACUCCUCUGCUGCCACCAGCACAAAAGGAGUGCUCGUUAGGACACAUACUCUGUGUCUGCGCAGCAACCCUUGGCUUUGAAACAGCUUUCAACGUUCUUUUCUCUUUAUCAGAACCGAUUAUGGACGAAUUAAACCUUUCAUCAACCGGAAAGUUCUUGUGUUGGCUUUCUGGACCACUUGCAGGUCUAUUUCUCUUACCUUUUGUUGGUAUCUGGUCUGACAGAUGCAGAAGCAAAUUUGGAAGAAGAAGACCAUUCAUUGUUGGCGGAAGCAUAUUUACUUUAAUUGGGUUAGGCCUACUCUUACUCUUGAAGCAUUAUGCAGAUAAAUUGAGCAGUUUAAGAAAAACAAUUUCCAUGUUUUUCAUUUUAUUCAUAAACUACGCCUCUAUUAAUACGAUGAUGGCCCCGUCAAGAGCUCUAAUAGGUGAUAUCAUCCCCGAGAAGCAGCAGGACUUGGCAAAUGCAAUUGCAUCUGUCAUGGUUGCACUUUCAUCGGUAUUACCUAAUAUUGUUGGUGGUGUUGGCUACUUCAUCAAGAAUAACUCAUAUUCCGAUAGGGCCGAAAACCUUACACUCUACUUUUGCCUUGCAAUGAUUUUUAUUUGCGUAACAAUAACAGUCAUUGCAGGAAAAGAGAAACCAUACACUGAGGUUAAUGAAAAGAAGUCGGAUAAUAACCCAAUCGUCCAAAUGUUUAAGGAAAUUAAGAAUAUGCCAUCUCCUAUCGUUAGAUCAUGCAUUCUUAUGAUCCUUAGCUGGGUAGCGAACUACAUGUACACGAUGAUGGGUACGGACUACUUCAUGAACGAAGUUUUCGCUGGAGAUGAUCCAAAUAAAGGUCUUUGCUUCGGCAUGAUCGUCAUUGCCUGCUCGAACGCCCUUUCGUUCGUCUAUGGCUGUUUCCAUGCCAAUCUUGUCGAAUGCUUUGGAGAUAAGCUCGUAUACGCUGUUGCUCAUAUUAUUGAAGCAGUUUCACUGACAUCUGUCUUCUAUAUCAGCAACAGAUGGGCUCUGUUAGCAAUAAUGGCUCCAAUCGGUAUCGCAAUUGCUAAUUUCAACUCUACACCUUAUACUCUUGUUUCUCUUUCAGUUAAUGAAGAGAUGAUGGGUAUUUACAUGUCAGCAUUAUCAUCAUGCAUCGAUAUCGCUUACAUUAUUGCUAAUACGACCAUGAAUUUCGCUCUAGGAACAAUUUAUACAAAAUUUGUUCCGAAAACAUGGAAUGUUACAAGAUUACAGUUCUUAAUCGGUUUGUCCGGUAUAUGGGCUGUAAUAACUGCAAUUUUCUCCGCUUUCAUCAUUGUUCCAAAGCACAGAUUCGAUUCUUCACUAACUGCAGAGAGUACUUACACUGGAACAGAGUCAAUGAAUUCAUACCCUGAGUAUGAAGAAGAUCCUAUAGAAUAG